UGUUAUUUUAAUGGAUAAAAAAAAUUGGCCUUUCUUUCAAAAACAAGGACACUUCUAAGUGACCCCAACAUUUUGAAGGGUAGUGUAUGUCUGGGCAGAUUGAUUUAGCCUAGGCCUAUAGGCAACAAUAUAAAAUGUAAAUUCAAUCAAUGCAUUGAAGGGGCAAUCAGGAUUUGAAAAAUAACAUAGCUGUCACCCCACCACUUGUUUUGCUAAAUAGCUGAGGGAUGGGGCUGGAGAAUGGAUGGAUGCAAGGAUAUAAAAAAUUAUAGUUUUAACCAUGUUUUGAAGCAGUGUGUGUUAAAAAUAAGCUACAUUGUUUACAAACAAUGGAAUAAAACAGGUAUGUUCUUCAAGAAUCAAUGGCUAUGUAUAAUUACGUUAGAAGUCCAAAAAUGGAUGUACCAAUCCCAGAAUGCCCUUUUAAAAACAUUAAUGCUUUCUACCUAAACUAAGCCAUCAGACUCCAUAUUCUUCCACACUGAUAAUCACAAAGUAUAUUGUCUGAAUAGAAGUUGAGAGUAGAGCCACCUUAGUUCAUAUCCGUGUGCUCAGCCCAAACACAAACUCCAUAAGAAUAUGAAUCCUUAGGGUGAGCAUGGAAACAGACUCGUAACAACUACAAUUACGAACUGGUAAAUGAAGAAAACUGGAUAUCUGGACUUUAAAUUCAAGAGUGUCUGGCUUAAGACACAUUUCACUAGAGUGCCUUAUUCACAAGAUUAAAACAGAGGAGGGCGGGCUCCUACUCAUGAGUAACCGACCUGUCAAGUGAUUGGAGCCGGUGAAAACUCUCUCGUGUAUUAUACAUGGAGCCAUUGCACAAUUGGAUUAAAGAGUAUGGUUUGAUACAAGUGCAUUAGCUAAAGGGACACCAGUUAAAGCGGUUGUGUUUUGUUGAAUGAAGUGCCCAAAUCUGACAUGCCGUUGACAGUAGAUGCAUUUAUUGUGUCUCACAGGCUCACAGCUUGUUCUCAUGUGGUGAUCUGAAAACAAGACAGAUGGCCAAACCCUUUGUAGUCAGCGCAGUGCUGUAAGGCAUACCAGGCGUCAGACAGUUCGAUUGUAAUCUCAAGGUUUUGGAGUUGAAAUCAGAGGGAGAGGAAUUGUAUGCAGAGAAAUAUACAAUAGAUCUGUGGAUAGAAUGAGUGGUACAACCAAGGCACAGAGUCAAAGGCACUUAUUUAUUUGUCCUGAAUAAAAUACAUGCCCUUGACUCUGUACCUUGGUUUUAUUGUAUCUUUUUAAAUAGAAACAUUUGAAGGAAAAAAUACAAUAUUAUUUGGAUUAAUAAACUAGAAUCAGGAUGAAGAACCUUUUUCAAGCUGGUUGUCUAAUGUCUGAAGUCCUCACGUACCGUGCUGCAUAGAUCUGGUAAACCCCCGGAAAUGACACCUGCCAGAGAUCACUUUUUUGCAGAUGGCUUGAUACACAUAAAAUUACUGUCAAUGUAUUAUUUUGAUAUUGAUGUCAGAACUAUUCUUAGACACAUGACGUGAAAACGUCUCGCCAUUAGUCAAGGGGUUAACUGAUCAAUGACUCCAUUUGUUUUCCUCUGACCCCCCCACCCCACCGUCAUACACCCAUCACUUUCUGCGUCAGUGGUAGACAGGGAGAGAGGGCUAUAAAGGAGUGGGGGACUUUGGAGGUAGAGCUUAAGAAUCAACAUCGCUUUAGUGUUCAGACAGUAACCUAUCCAAGGCUACCAGUGCACCUUCUCGACCACUCUCUGUUCUCCCACUGAACUCUCACCACUUUGUGCGCUCCCUCCAGAUCUCUCUCUCUCUCUCUGUCUGUCUCUUAAUUUAGUGUCUGCCUGUCGUCCAUCCCCUGCUCUCUCUCUCUCUCUCAGCAUGCAGCUCCUGGUCAUUUUAGCGUCUCUCAUGGGGGUUCUAUACAGUGUUAGAGCAGCCGCCGUGCUUCCUGUCGAAGAAAGGAGCCCACUACUUAACAGAGAAUUGAGUAAAGAGCGCAAAGAGCUGAUUCUCAAGCUGGUGUCUGGCUUGUUAGACGGAGCGACGGACACCAACAUGCUGCCCGGAGAAGGGGUGUCUCCUGUGGAUCUAGAGGAGCCCCUGGAGUCUCGACUGGAGGAGAGGGCCGCCUACAACAGGCUAUCACAGCUGCCGCAGCGCGACCGCAAAGCCCCCUGUAAAAACUUCUUCUGGAAAACCUUCACCUCCUGCUAAUAGUGAUAUCCAGUCAGUCCCGGUAUGCUCCGGUUGACCCGCAAAACAACACAAUCUGACCCAAACCCAACAUGAACUGUGGUAGACCUGAGCUGUACAUAUCAUCCACCCAGUUUGAAGAGCGCUCUCAAUGACCUUUGAGACACUGACAGUCUGUUUUAAAUAUUGAUGAUUUAUUUCUCUAUUUAUGUAUGUAUUUAUUUAUUUUAGAUUAUCCAAAAACAAUAAAGCAUGUUUAUGG